GUGCCAGCGCCUUGACCAGUGACAGUUCAUCAGCGGUCAGCGCUUUCAUCUGGGGGCACAUCAAAGGCAGCCAGCCGCAACAUGACAGAGGUGAGAGGCGCGAGCCUCUGAAACGCGCCAGCAUGGAGGACGGGCUGGUGUCGGAGGAAGAUAUCUUGCUCUGGUCCGAAAAGGAGCUCCACGACGCCACGAAGAGGAACGACACCGAGAAACUCGUGGAGCUGAUGAAGAGGGGCGUGAGUGUCAGAGCCAGAAACAAAACAGGCCGGAAAGCAUUGCACUGGGCAGCAGGAGCUGGGAAUGAACAGGCUCUGCGUCUCCUGCUGGACCACGACCGAGAUGUGGAUGAGAAGGAUGCUUUUGGCAUGAACGCUCUGCUUUUGGCCUCCUGGUUUGGUCACCUGAAGAUCCUGCAGAUCCUGGUUUCCUGUGGAGCCAAAGCCAGCUGUGAAAAUAUAAAUGGACUGAGUGUGCUGCACUGUGCUGCACAGAGAGGCCACACUAAAGUGUUGGAGUUCAUUGUGGAGAACCUGGAGGAGAUCAGCUUGGAUAGCGUUGAUAAGUUAGAGAAGACGGCACUACACCUUGCUGCUGAACACGGACAGCUGGAGGCGGUGGAGUUUCUUAUUGGAGCAGGUUGCAAGCAUGCUUUGAAGGACAAGGCGGAGAACACUGCCAUGCAUCUAGCUGCAAAGGGGGGGCACACCCAAGUCCUGCAGAGGAUCCUCGAGGUGGGAGCUAAUGUGGAUGAGAGGAAUAUAGAUGGAGCGACAGCUUUACACCUGGCUGCUGAUGGAGGUCACCUUGAUUGUGUGAAACUGCUGCUGGAGUCUGGCUGGGAUGUAAAUGCACAAACUAAUAGGAACAUGAGCGCUCUACAUUUUGUUGCCCAGCAUGGCUUCGACAGAGUGGCCCACUUGCUGCUGGAGGCUAGAAUCAAUAUCAAUGCUCUAGACAAUCAACAACAUGUGACGGCGCUCCACCUGGCUGUGUUCAACAACCACUCACAGCUUGUUCGGCUGCUUGUAGAUGCUGAGUGUGACCUGGAUGUGCCUGACCGUAGGCAGCAGACUGCACUGCACAUCGCAGCAGAGAACGGCUGGCAGGACCUGGCUGAGAGGAUGCUGAUUUGUGGCGUUAACCUCAAUCUGACUGACAAGCAGGGGAAGACGAGUCUGGAAGUUGCAGCAAGAGCGAACCACAUCAUCCUGGUGGACAUGAUCAUCAAAGCUGACCGAUUUUAUAAAUGGGAGAAGGAUGACGCAGGCAGAAAACAGGAAUCCUCUGUGUGCAGACCUCUGAGCUUCAAACAGGACCAUGAUCCUGAAACCCAGCACCUCCGCUCGGUCCUGUGGAGCCUGGCCACCAAGCACCUCUGUCGUGGAGAAUGGAAGCUUCUGGCUCAACACUGGGGCUUCAGCGACGCACACAUUCGAGCUAUAGAGCAGCAGUGGACAGGCGUGAAAAGCUUCAAGGAGCACGGCCACCGCAUGCUGUUAAUCUGGCUUCAUGGAGUGGUGAUGGCAGGAGAGAACCCCAUCAAAGGUCUCUACGAAGGCAUGGUGGAAAUCUGCAGGACUGACUUGGCAGAGUCCAUCCGGCAGAAGGCAAACGCAGAAACCAGCUCUCCCAAAAUCUGCUCGACGAUGUGAUCAGUGCUGACAAUAUCUGUCAGUCAGAGCUGACGGCUGAACUGAGUCCAUAAAGUCCCGUGCUAAUCUGUUUACUUGUUCACACUGUGACGUAACAGGUUUUUGUCAGGCUUAGGGGAAAUAGAGGCUGUGAAUUAGUGAAAAUGUACUGUAUUCUAAAGUUUUACAUUUUCUCCUUCUAAAUAUUCCAAAUUAAAACAUUUGCUGACAUUCUUUGUGUACAGUUUGUCUGAAUACAAACUGUAUGUUUGAUUAAUACAUUUUGAAGCA